UCUCUUCUUUACAUCUGUACCACCUCCUCGUCCCCUUCUUGCUAAACACACACGUACAACAAAAGAUGCGGCAUUGCCUAAAACUAUGCGUACUCGUGCUGGCAGGCAUUGCUAUGCUACUGGCCACCAUCAUCACUUGGGAACACAUUGCCACUGGCUACACACGAUACCGGCACUUGAACAACCCGGCGGCACGACACAUACGGGCCAUGGAAGACUACCAAAGCACCGACUACCCGCCACUCCCACAACCCAACGACACAGCAGCGUGCCCCACCCAUCCUUUAUCCAACCUACCACGGCCCAACAUCAUCGUCACGUCCAACGACACAUCCACCGUCCCCAUCGCAACAGUCAACAGCGCCAUCGUGUUUCUAGUCGAAUUCACUGACCGUCCACUCAAAGAAAACCAUCACGAAAUGAUGAAAUUCAGCAAAGCGCUGUGGAAACUCUGGGAAAACUUUAGCCAAUACUACCCGCACUAUCCAGUCUAUGUCUUUCAUGAACCUGCCUUCAAGACAAAAUACCGUCUACGGUAUCGCACAAUGUGGCCACCGGGACUCAAGCUCCAGUUUCACGAAAUCAACAACUUUGAUUUGCCUCCCAAGUUCCCCAAGGGCAUCUCUACAAGCGAUCUUGGCUUGAACCCUACCAAUCAACGCGCGUUCCCAGGCUACAACAACAUGAUCCGGUUCUUUUGGAAACAGAUCUUUGAGCAUGACAUGAUCAAGCAACUCGACUAUUUCUGGCGGCUAGAUCAUGAUUCAAUGUUACAGUCGCCGGUGGGCGUGGAUGUCUUUCAUUAUAUGAAGGAGCGUGGUAUCAAGUACGGCUAUCGUGCCGUCACUACCGAUGUCCGUCAUGUCACGAACGGUAUGCUUGCUUUCUUUGACAAGUAUCGUCGUAAUCAAGAGCAUCAAAGUAUGACCAAUGGUACCACCUGUGCACAAAUGUCGCAACGCAACUGCUUGGAAAUCCCGGAUACGCCGCAGGACCGUAGCGAGUAUUUCCCGCUCAUGUAUUACAACAACUUUGAGAUCGUCCAUGUCCCCACCUGGCGAUCCAAACCUAUGCGCCAACUCACGGAUGCGGUUGACAAGACAGACAUGAUCUAUUGGAAUCGGUGGGGCGACGCUCCUCUGCGCUACUAUUCAGUCAACAUGAUGCUAGAUACCCAAACACAAGUUAUUGAAUGGUGCAAUGUCAGAUAUUACCAUCACAAACAAUUUGAGCCCAUGUGUACUUUAAAAACAGUAUCGUCACCCUAACCUCUUUGUUUCUCUUUAUCUCCCACCAAAUCAUAGCAUCAUUCUGACUUCAACCUUGUAUAUGUGUUCGUUCUAAAAAUAAAACUCAAACUGUAUGUAUGAUACUAUCAAGAUGAUCCGCGUUACCUUUUUUUUUUUCAGUUUAUUGUAUUAUAUGCAAGGUGGAUCAGGAGAAAGGGA